GUCUGCGCUGAUUGGCCAAAAGUCUGAUUAGUUUAUUUAGGGUGGCUGGGUUCCCGCUACGGCCCCUUAUUCUGCUGCACAAAGACUGUGACCAAAGGUUUGAUGUCUGCAGGUUGUACCUCAAUAAAUUCCCGCGACGCCGAUUCAACGCCUCAAGACGGCAACUCCAAACUAACAUGGCAGUCAGACUGUGCGAUGUGGCUUCUCUGCUUAGAAGUGGUUCGUGGGCGCCUGAGCCUUGGACUGGGCAGGUAAUUGCUGCCAUGGAAACACAGCUAUCCAAUGGGCCCACUUGCAACAACACAAGCAACGGUCCUUCAACUAUCACAAACAACUGCUCCUCACCUGUAGAGUCAGGGAGCGUAGAGGACAGUAAAACUAACUUGAUAGUCAACUAUCUGCCUCAGAACAUGACCCAGGAGGAACUGAAGAGUUUGUUUGGGAGCAUCGGAGAAAUUGAGUCCUGUAAACUAGUUCGAGACAAAAUCACAGGGCAGAGCCUAGGCUAUGGAUUUGUGAAUUAUGUGGACCCAAAGGACGCAGAAAAGGCCAUCAAUACCUUAAAUGGCUUGAGACUUCAGACCAAAACCAUCAAGGUUUCCUAUGCGCGUCCAAGCUCCGCCUCCAUCAGAGAUGCAAAUUUAUACGUCAGUGGCCUGCCAAAAACUAUGACUCAGAAGGAACUGGAGCAGCUCUUCUCUCAGUACGGACGCAUUAUUACCUCACGCAUUCUGGUGGACCAGGUGACUGGUGUUUCCAGAGGAGUUGGCUUCAUUCGUUUUGACCGGCGAGUUGAGGCUGAGGAGGCCAUCAAGGGUCUGAACUGUCAGAAGCCGCCUGGUGCCACCGAACCCAUUACAGUCAAGUUUGCAAACAACCCGAGCCAAAAGACCAGCCAGGCACUGCUGUCCCAGCUCUAUCAGUCACCCAAUCGAAGGUACCCAGGACCCCUCGCACAGCAGGCACAACGCUUCAGGUUGGACAAUCUGCUGAACAUGGCCUACGGAGUCAAAAGCAGGUUCUCCCCGAUGGCCAUUGACGGGGUGACCAGCUUGGCUGGCAUCAACAUCCCGGGGCACGCGGGCACUGGCUGGUGCAUCUUCGUCUACAACCUGGCUCCGGACGCAGAUGAAAGCAUCCUUUGGCAGAUGUUCGGGCCGUUUGGUGCUGUCACAAACGUCAAGGUUAUCCGCGACUUUAACACAAACAAGUGCAAAGGAUUUGGUUUUGUCACCAUGACUAAUUACGACGAGGCAGCUGUGGCCAUCGCCAGCUUGAAUGGAUACCGCCUUGGGGACAGAGUUCUGCAAGUGUCAUUCAAAACCAACAAAACACACAAAGCCUGAAACUCAGAUUGUUUCUAGAAAACUCACCAGAAAAUGGAAACAGAAAAUGGAAGCGUAUUGACCGUAACUUUCUACAUUAGUAACAAGAGCUUUGUAAAUCAGUGUUGCGAAGAAAAACGAUAUUUAGCGUCCAACAAUGUGAUCUUUUUUCUUUUUUUUUCCUUCUCUUUUUUCCCAUUGCUACACUUUGAAUCUUCUCUAUACUUUAAAACAGAAAAUACCUGCAGGUCUUGAUGCCUGUCAUGUUGACUUCUUGCUGUCUUUACAGAUGGACCAUCUAAAAUGUUACUCUAGGUUUUGUCAUUUUGUUGCACAUCUGCUUUGAAACAGUAAGUCUUGUAAAGUUAUGUGUAGUGAUUUUUCUUUGUACUUCUGUGUCCUGAUUUGCCACAGGUGCGUUUAUGCCUUCGGUGGUUAGCAAGUACUUGCGUUGAACUAUUUGCGGUUCUGUUAAUUUUGUAAGUAUUCUGUUUCCUGUAAUAUCAGUUGGUUAUUGGUUGGCUGCAUAAUGUUGCUUAUUGUACAAUUAACAGAUAAAAAGACAAAAAAAAAAAGAUUCUUAAAGCAGUACCUUGCCAAAGAGCUAAGAACCUCUUUGAUGUGGGUUUAAAAGCAUCUAUUUUUAUAAAAAGAAAAAUUUGGAGAAACUUUUUACUGGACCUGGAACAAAAUAUUUUGACUUGGAUACUUUGAGAAAUAUCUUCAUAUGACACCUUGUGAGCUUUUGAACUUUACAAGAAAGUUUGCAGUGGUUGAAAUUUCUGGAGAGAUUUAUGAUGUAAAAGAUACCUUUUGAGAUCUUUGUAUUACCUUUAGAUUAUAGAAUCAGUGGCAGUGCUGGUUUCAUUUGUAAAAUCAUCUGUGGGUACCCCCCUCCCCUCAGUCGUCUGGUCGUUACGGCUAGCGACUCGCUUUCCGGUCUGAUUUGGAAACGGACAAAACUUCAAAGGUUGAUCUGCAAAAAGUGCAUGAAAAAUUAAAAACAUGGAGAUAUAAAGGUAAAUGGGGGAUUUAAAAAAAAGGGAAAAAAGAAAAAUCAGUUCUUCCUCUAAGAUUCCCUUCAGAUGGAGCUCAUGGUGUUUUGUGGUGUAUCUACAAUAUCAUUAGACUGAUUUUUGUCUUAAUAUCAACCGAUGAGGGUUUUUACAUACUUUGUAUGAAAGAUUGAAGACAAGCCAGUGAAGGCAGCAGCAUCAAAAAAACAUCUAGUGUGACAAAUAGAAGGGUUCCUCCUGAGCUUUGAGCUGUGUAAAUAAGUCCUUUUUUAUGUUGAGUACUUGGCAGACUUUGGUUUUCGUUUGGACUUCAUUGAAAAGUGUGAUUAUUAUAUACAACUUGAUUUUUCUUUUCGGGACUGUGUAAGGUCUUUUUUUGUUUUUGGAUCUUUAUUUAUUUUCAGUUUCUCUUAAGUUAAAAUACUUGAGUUGUUGUCCUAUGGACUAGCAUUAGUGCAUCGAAUUUGUUGGUUGUUAGGUCUGUAGAUAGUCUUGCUUCGUUAAAAAAAAAAAAAAAGGUAUUAAGAAACUAUAGACAUUUGUUUUGUUUUGUUUUUUUUAUAUAUAAACAUUAUAGAUAUAUAUAUUUAUGUGGUAAAGAAUGGAUAUAAACCACAGUUUUGAACUAUUUGAUUACUUUUUUCAUACUCAUAUCUAUAUAUAUAUAAAUAUAUACGUAAUGCAUAUAACCUGUCUUUAAAAUCGUAAAAAGGUGUAUAUUGCUUUAUUCACUUUGGGGAAGGGCGGUGAAGCGGUUCCAUUAACAAUAGCAAAGUUGGUUGCAGAAGUUUGUCAACAUCUAGCUCAUCUCGAACACACGAACGGAGGCUGGUCGAGCCUUAGAUGCACUGAAUACUGCACCUGCAUCCUGCUUGGUAUUUCAACCGAUUAUUAGUCAUGCUUCCCCCUUAAACGAGCAGUGUGCUAUGCAUUAUAUAAUUAUCUUUGCAACUGCUUUUUCUUGUUUAUCUAUUCCUUCUUUGUGUUACUUGUACAAGUUAAACUUUAAGUCUAGAUGAGUUGUGAUACUUGCUGCUGUAGGGAAGAGACAACAUUUGUCAUGCCUGACCUGCCACUGCUGAGAAUAAGUUUUGUUUUUCCUUUAUGUAACCGCUUGAUGAUUUUCUCUUUUCUUUUCUUUUUUUUGGGGUCUUGGGAAAUUGUGCUGCAGGUCUGGCAUGAGGAAAUGUUUCCUCCCAUCCCUCUUUUCUCAAUUCCUAAUAUGAGAGUGAUUAUUUAUUUGAAGUUGUAUAGUCUGACUUGGUUCACAGCAUUUUUGGAAUAGAAUCUUUUUGUUAAGUAUUUAAAAGGAUGUACAUGUUCUUUACUUUGUGUUUGGAUACUUUUGGAUUUAUUUUUUUUUUUUCCAUGUUCAGUACAUCAAUAAAUAAGUUGAAGGGCAA